AUGGGGUGUGCAGCCAGUGUAUCCACCCCUAGCGAUCUCAGUGGUAUCACUCAUAUCUGGGGUGUUGCUCAGAGACACCCUAGAGAAACUAGGAUACUCCAGACUGUUCAUGUAGAAGGGGAGUGGAAAAGAGGUUUGUCAGCUGGAGGCUCUCGCAACAAUAUUGAGAUGUUCGCUCACAACCCUCAGUUCUUACUGAUAGUGGGCCAAAGAUCUUCUGCUUACUCUCUCCCGGACACACCAACCAUACGAGGUUCUCCCAGCGAUAUUACAGAGGAAUACAGUUUAAAUGUGAAGAGAUUUCGUAUACCAGUGUUUAUAUCUCUCUCGCAAACCGAAACCAAACGGCCUCUACAUAUCGCCUUCUUUGUCUAUAAGACAGAGUCCAUGCAUGAAAGGUUGGAGCCAGAAUAUUUCCUCUGCGUCUCACCCGAGGUACAGUCCGGUGUAUACGUCAACAGCCCAGAGGUCCAGCGAAGGUGUUGGUUAUGGCCGGGACUGUACGUCGUGGUGGCAGCGGCCUUCCACCCCCACCACUCCGGCAUGUUCAGACUCGUUGUCAGCUCCAAUAGGCAUCUUAGUCUUCAGCCGUUGGAGGAUAGAGGACAUCACUCUGCUUGAAACUGAUAUUUGACCUUGGGAACGAUAAGUUGAUGAAAGAGAUA